ACCACACUGUUUUGGGCGCCAGAGGAUGACGUCCAGGAACGACGGGAUACAGCUGCUGUUGCAGGCUGAGAAGAGUGCCAGCGAAAAGGUGAAUGAAGCUAAGCGACGAAAGGCCAAAAGACUGAAAGAGGCCAAAAUCGAAGCGCAGGCGGAAAUUGACGCAGAGCGUGCAGAGAGGGAACGCCAUUUCAAAAUGAUAGAAGAGCGCGUACUUGGUCGACGUUCGGAGAUUGAAGCCCAGAUCAAGAAGCUCACCGACGAAAUCAUCGCCACUCAAUCUGCGUCGGUCAAGCUACACAAGGAAGAUGCGAUUGAUCUACUGAUGAGUCUUGAGCACAAGGCUGAAUUGCAUUAUAAAUGCACAAAAAUUGCCGAAGAGGUAGCUAAAGCCCAGAACUGUACUAUCGAUUUGGAAAUUGUCUGUCUGGCUACGGAGCUACUUUUCCGAUUCCAUCAGGUGUUGGCCACGGAUUUAGAAACGUUUGCGAAACACGCGAAAAGAACCACUAUCAAUAUGGAUGACGUGCUUUGUUUUGUUCGUCGCAAUCCACAAUUGCUGCCAUGCCACCCGAAGGUUGCACGAGGGCUGGGAUACUGCCAGGUUGCCCAGGCCCGGACAGGGGAUGUCGAGAGGCAUAGGUCGGGUUCGACCACAGACCUUCCAGUGCAGUUGAUGAGUGAUUUUCACAAGCAACAGACCACCGCGAAGAAGCAACCCGGUGUGGUGGUGCCACCAACUACGUCUGCGGGUACCGACUCCAAAAAUCCCGAACAGCCUCCCUCGAAGGAUAGUGAGACAAAAACCGAUGUCCACUCACCAGAUUCUGCACACAGCCUCACCGAAUGGUUUAUGGACCUAGAGUGACACCUUUCGUCUCCAGAUGAAUUGUUCUUUGCCGUCGCUCUACUUUUGUAUUCACUCUCCUCGUCAUGCAUCUUCUUUCCAAAACGGUAUAUGUCCC